AUGGCCCCCGGCUCAGCUUCCAAGGCCGCCAGGGCCACUGCUAUCAGUGCUGCCAAUGCCACUUCGAAGGCCACUUCUGCUCAAGCGGCUUACAACUUGGCCAGGGUCGGGGCUGGCGGACAACCUGUGCUCUCGAAUGCAAAUGCUCAUACAACGGCCCAGUUGGUACCCACUGAAGACCCUGCCCGAAGCGAACCACCUGCUCCAGAUGCGAACGGCUCCCCCGAGCUACAGUACACGGGUAUGCCUGUGACUGAAUAUGUCGACUCCAUGGAGCUUGCAGGGCAGCCCUAUAAAGACGGCCGAAUAAGGAACCCAGUUCCUAGCAAGCUGAAGGGAAAGACGAGCAACUCCUCGGGCAGCUUCGGUGUGAUGCAUAUGGACAUCAAGGGAAAAGACCUCGCUACGGACAGGGACGCCGCCGCGAAACGCACAAGUGAGAACACGGCUUUAGCGGCCAGGAUGGCCUACCAGAGCGGAUAUCAACCUCACCGAAAAUCGAAUUGGAUGAGAAUACCCGAGGAAACGCCCGAGCCCGGUGUGCCUUUCACUGGAACCACCCCAUAUGAUCAUUCAUUAUAUGGUCUGAAGCAACCAACUCCGAAUCCUGCAAGGGAAACGUCGGCGACAUCAGUGGCACCACCAGCACCAGCGGCGCCGACGGCAUCAGUGGCAUCGGGGGCAACAGUGACGAACGAUGUUCAACCUUUAACUCCUAGCGAGACAAAGGAGCAACAAGCACGAUUACUUACGCUCCUACGUACUUUGCAACCCGUGGCUGUCGUCGAUCAACUGUGCAAGGCGUUGGCCUAUUUUGGGGGCGUCCCUGAAGCUCCCCCGCCUCAGGAUGGCAGAUUCCCUGAAAGUGCUGAGGCAAAUGGUUCGGGCGCCGUCUUCGUUGGCUGGGUUGCAGAAAUCUUCCCCGAUCUCGAUGCUCAAGGAAGACGCAAGACCAGGCCUUUUAGAGUUCCCGACCCUGCUGUUGCUGCCGCCGCUGUCACUGCCGCUGCCACUGCCACUGCCGCCACCACUGUCCAGAGCGUCGAAAAGCGAGGGCGUGGCAGGCCCAAGGGCAGCAAGGCUACCAAAUUCAGGAGCGACAAGGGUGUGAAAAAAGGUCCUAAGAAGCCAUCAGCUGCCGAUGGCUUGGAAGUUGAUGGCGGAGAGAACGACGAUAGCUGGGUGGACAUGGAUGAAUCCGCUUUGGGCAAGGACCAAGACGUUGCCGUCACUGGCGAACAGGCACGGCAACAAUCCCCGGAUCUUCAGGUUCUUCCCAACGAAGUAGAUCUUACUGCCAGCGCCAAGAAACGAGGUCGGCCUAAAGGAUCGAAAGGAAAAGCCAAGGAUGGGAAUGCUGUGACGGAGAGUAGCUUAAACACAAAUCCUCAGCCCAUUUCCGCCUUGUUCAGCAUUGGAAAGAAGGCUGCCCGUGCAAAGGGCUCGAAGCCUCGGCCGAAGGAGACGGCAGCCAACAACUCGGCUGCGACGGUUGCCCCUGCUGCCACCCAGGCAGUAGCUACAGAAGCCCAAGGUGCUACAACUCUGGGCCCACAACAGCAGGGUGAGCCUGAAUUUGCGCUAGCUGCUCUGCAAGCCUUCAAUGAGUCGCAUGCAGUUGAGGCAGGACAACAGCCAGGCUCGUUCCAGCCUGUCAACACUUCUGCGCCACCUGGACCUACUGCGUCCGGGACGCAACAGGCGAAGGGCAAAAAGACCAAUGCUGGCAAGAACAGUGAGAAGGCACAACCGGCUAAGAAACGGAAGAGAAACGCGAAAGACAAUGAGACUACCCAGAGCCAAGCCGUGUCUGGGGCAGCCCCAGCGACAAGUGGCGCAGUGCCCAACACCAAGGCCCCGAUUUCUGUGAACGGGAACGGGACUCAGGAGACAGCCACAGCAGACCCAACAGUGACGGCCCCACCAGCUCCGAAACGACAACGGAAGAAGGCGAAGCCGGCAGCCAGUGCUGUAGCGAAUACUGCACCUGUUGCCGACCUAAACGCAGCAGCAGUGAGGACACCACAUGUUACUCAGACUCCUCUACCGCCCGCACCAAUAGCUCAACCAUCAACCGACCCUCAGGUUUACACCAGUCCGACCAUCGAAGAACUUGAGGCUCAGCUGGAGCAGCAUGAUGAGCAGAAUUUUCGUACCCCAGAGAUCGCCACUAUGCGGGCUCCUCCGAGGCAAGUCCAUUCAUCACAGUCUGAACCAGCACAGCCGCAACCACAACCGCAACCGCAGCCGCAACCGCCGCCCCGGCCAACUCAACAGGUUCAAACGCAACAAGUCCAGCAACCAAAAGUUGCUCAGAAUGGCCAACAAAUGCCCGAUCAGCAACAGCGACAAGCUGCGAUUGCUCGCCAGAGACAACAUUACCAUCAGCAGCAACAGCAGCAGGCGCAGCAGCAGGCACAGCAACAAGCACAGCAACAAGCACAGCAACAAGCUGUGGCACGGACAGCUUCACCCAGCCUCAAUAACAUUGCUACAGCUUCACCGCACCUGAGUGUCCAGUCUGUCUCUCCCAAUAUCAACCCAGCUCACUCAGCGUCCCCAAGCCUGCAACAACAGCGCGUCUCUAACUCCCAGACGCCGACAUCUGUGACAUCACAGGUUCAAGGCCAGCAAGCACGGAAUUCACAGGCAUACUACGGCCAGCAAAACCCGCCAACUCAGUCGCAGUACAGCCAGCAGCAACCCCAGCAAUACGCCAAUUCGCAGUCAAAACAGCAGUACAAUAUGCAGCAGCCCCAACAACAGCAAAGCUUCUCGACACAGUCACCGUCGCAACAGCCACAAAGCUUUACUGCCCAGCAGCCGCAGCCGCAGUACUCGCAGCAGAAACAGCAGUCUUACUCAACACAGCAACCCCAGCAACAGUACAACUCAGAGUCACAACAGUACUCGUCUCAGCAACGCGUUCAGCAGCCGCAAUACACCACGACCUCAACUUCUACAUCGUCUCAGUCCCUAGCUUCGCAGUCUCCACAGUACGGUACCUCUACCACAACGGGGUACAACUCUAAUGAUGGAGCGUUCCGAGCAAGCUCAUCGACUGGCAUGAACUUUGGCACCUCCACGUAUGGAUCGAAUCAGUCGUCGAAUGCACCAAGGUCCAAUAAUAUGUAUCCAUCAUCCACGACGAAUUCAUACAGCAGUCCGAAUCAGCAGAUUUCAUCCUACGCAACCAGUCGUCGACCUUUACCAACAAGCACCUCGCAGCACACACCUGUACAGAACGUGCAGAGUCUGCCACAGAGUAUCGGCGGCUUCUCCGACUUUGGCAACCUCGGAUUCGACAUGGCGAGUCUUGACAACUCUGCCGCUAGCCACGGUAGUCUGGGUCUCAAUCCUGCACCUUACAAUAUUGGUGCUGGGAAUGUGUCGGGAAGAUCGUCGGCUGGCGCAGCCAACUUCUCGUCAAUGAACAGUUUCGACUCGACCCUCCGUAAUGACGCAUAUUCGAGUUAUGGACUUCCGAGUCGGAGAUAG